AUGGCAAGUAUACGGAUUCUCCCUUUUAUACGAAAAGAUUAUAACGAUGCCUGCAAAAUUUAUUUUCCUCUUCCAAUAGGGUUUUCUUCUUCUUCUUCUCCUCACCAAGCUCCCUUCAAUGGCGAACCAAGACCCAACAGUCAGGGUACUUUUCCUCUCGUCUCUCUCUAUCUCUCUCUUUUCAGUUUCCAAUGGUUUUCUGCGUAAAUUUUGCAGACUUGCAUACUAAAAGUGGAUAUAAAGUGUUGUGCCGGUUGCCAAAAGAAAGCCUGCAAAAAGCUAGAGGAUCUCCCUGGCGUAAACACAGUCAAGUAUGACGCAGGAAAAGGGCUCAUGACAGUCGCAGGCGACGUAGAUCCGAUGGCUUUGCUUCACAAACUUAAUAAAUGCGGCAAAAAAACAGAGCUUGUCACAGUGAAUUACAAGGUUGAGGAUCUCAUCAGUGAUGAAGAAGAAGACGACUCUUCUUCUUCUGGUAACACUGGUUCAUAUCCUGAUCCUGAUCCUAGACCCAUGGAACUUAAAACCCAAGGAAUGACGACGAGGAAGAAGGAUGGGAUUAUAAGAAUGUAUCUUCUUUUAGGGUGUUUCAGAAGUCAAGCAAAGGCUUUUCAGCCUAUCGAUGUAAAAAAAAUAAAGGAGCAACAGCAAAAACAGCAACAACAGCGGCAAGAGCAAGAACAGCGGCAACAACAGCAACAACAGCGGCAACAACAGCAACAAGGGCAACAACAGCGGCAACAACAAUCAACGAUGCAACCAUAUCAACAAGAUCCAGGAGGACCACCACCACCAGUGAUGCAAAACAAUAUCGCCAGACAAGCUCCACCUUAUUUCAUGCGGCGACAAAUGAUGCCCGAUCCUAGGAUGAUGGCGACCAACCCUGCUAUCCAUUACUCCGGCCAGUGA